CGCCUCAUGUAUCCAUUUUAGGCCAAAUGAGAGCACUGCAAGACAAUACGCUGUCAACUAUCGAAAAGAUUGAGGAAUCCCGCCGCGAAAUUGUGAAGGAUAUUAUUCAUGAGCUGGAAGAGCGUGCUAUCGGCGCUGGAACUGUCACGUUCGACGGGCUUCAUGACGCUCUACGGAAGUGCCUUGAAGAAGCCGGUGUUCACGAUCUUCUUUUGGGCUGGGAGAUUUCGUCGGGUCCCCCCUGACUUCGUUUUUCCUGAGUGCUCUGUCGCGCAUCUUUGGGUGCUAUGGCGCUGCGGGAAUGUUGAGAAGCGUCUACCCCCUCUUCGGCUUUUCGAGCUGGCCAGACAGUGUCGGAGGCCAUCAGCGUGUACGCAGCGUGCGCUCCAAGUAUCGAAGUCUCUCUCAGCACUACCCGCGCGAGAAAGCGCCGUCGAGGUCAACUAAGCUGGGUCACGGUAGUCCGCCUGCAUCGUGUUGCCGACAAGC